AUGCAUCCUGGUUUUCUUGUGUUACUUCCACUGGGACCUCCAGACUACAAUCAUUCAAGGUUUCUGCCUCAGCCUCCGCCUCUGUAUCUGCGUAAUUUAUUUGUAAAUACAUUGCCGCCAAGGAUCACACUCAAGGAGCUUGCUAUUAUUAAGCUCACAGCACAGUUUGCGAUACGGUAUGGGAUGCCUUUUGUGCUGGAUUUGAUGAGCAGAGUGUAUAUGGAGCCUGAGUUUGAGUUUCUAAAACACACUGAUAGUUUUUAUGAUGGGGUUCGUGAUCUGUAUCGCAAAUUUCUAAAGCCUUCCGAAAAGGUGGAGAAAAGUGAUGGUUGUAGCCUUGUAGGGCGAUCGCUCUGGAGUUAUUUUUCCACUGUCUUCAGUCGGAGAAGCUGA